AUUUGGAAAGCCUGCCACGGGCAGAGCACUUCGCUGCGCAAAGGCAUCGAUGGAACACCAAUGAGGAAAUCGCGGCCAUCCUUAUCAGCUUCGAUAAACAUAGUGAUUGGCAGUCCAAAGAAGUCAAAAUACGGCCCAAAAGUGGUUCGAUGCUUCUAUACAGCCGAAAGAAGGUACGCUACCGGCGCGAUGGGUACUGUUGGAAGAAGCGGAAAGACGGAAAGACCACCAGAGAAGACCAUAUGAAGCUUAAGGUGCAGGGGACAGAGUGCAUCUACGGGUGUUACGUCCAUUCAGCCAUCCUGCCAACAUUCCAUCGAAGAUGUUACUGGCUCUUACAGAACCCUGACAUAGUCCUGGUGCACUACCUGAACGUGCCAUACCCAGAUGAUAACAAGCUUGCAACCGUGGCUCCCAGCCUCGCGCUAUGGGCUGACAAGAAGGAAUGGACUAAGGACGAACUUGUCAGCCAGCUGAAACCAAUGUUCUUCAGUGAAGAUGAAUCUGAUCUUAAUAGCGAUUUGGAAAUAUCGGGAAAAAUGUUUCAGACGGCGGAAACAGUUGAAGCCAUUGUUGGUCAACUGAUGGAGAAACAACGAGCGGCGAGGGCAGCGGCUUUAGCUCGUCAGCUGGAGUGUGGUUGCCCAGAUUCCACCUGUCAAGACUCAAGGACGUGCGCUCAUCCAUUACGAAGAAUGCAAACAGCGAAACCUCCUCCUUCUGAUCAUCACGUAUCGUCUACUACGGGUCCAUCACCAAGACCGAUGGCACAGCCGCCCAGACAGUACACACGAGAUCAUAGACCUUCAACACAAUCAUCUCCGUUGUUGCUUUCUUUGGGUCAAAUACAAGGUGGAGGAGGGUUACUCAUAUUAAACGGAACGAGUAAUAGUUCUCAACAACAUUCAUCGUUAGUAUCGCCACUCUCCGUGACGUCAUUUGUAUGUGAAGAACCAAGGGACAGGUACCGACAGCAAUACAAACCAACGUUUGUUUUGAAAAGAGAAAUUCCAGAUAGUCAGCAAACUACGACAUUGAGUGCAACUGAGUCAACAUUUGAAAUAGAAACUCGAAUUGAAGAAAAAGUGGAGGUCGAUAAUUUUGAUAGGAAAAUAAAAAUGGAGCCAAGAAGUCGGAAUCACAUAGUAGCUAGUGCACCGACGACGCCGUCUCGGUAUCCCGAUUUAGUUGAACGCUUAGAAAGUAAAGUGCAAGUUGAAAACUGUGAUGAUACAUUAAUUUUGUUAGGUACGGAUGGGCAUCUAGAAACUUCUAGUGGAUUUUUUGAUGAGACUCUGGAGUUAUCUCAUGAAGAUAUACAGAAAACAUUGUCAGCAAACAUGCCAACUUGUGAGUUGGAUCGAAGUGUUGUUAGAUCGUCUGAGACAGCUAAUGUAAUGGUAUCUGGUAUAGAUACAAUGGACUUUAUAGAGAGCUGUGAAGCUGUAGCAUCACCAACUCACGUGGUAGAUGAUAAUGUGUUCGUGAAUCUGGACGCUUUUGAUAUGCUUGGUGAUUUUCCAGAAUUAGAAGUACUAGAUCCGAGUGCUCUAUCAACGAACCCUGUGACUUUGUGCGGGAAAUCACCACCAGUUGAAGAGAAUAAUGAUAAGAUGCAAACCGACAGUCCAGGUGAAGGAGCUCUAAGCAUCACAGAUUAUUCUCCAGAGUGGGCGUAUCCAGAGGGAGGCGUUAAAGUAUUAGUAGCAGGACCUUGGACCGAUACUUCAGAUCAAUAUACCAUACUCUUUGACAAUUUUCCGGUUCCCUCGAUUUUAGUGCAAAACGGUCUUCUUAGAUGCUACUGUCCUGCUCACGAAGCUGGUUUAGCUGCGCUACAAGUAGCUCGUGGAGGUCGCGUCGUUUCUGACACUGUUGUGUUCGAGUAUAAAGCUGGUCCAGUUCUAGCACCAUCGUCACCAGCUUCAGCGCCCUUGCCGUCAUUGGAUUUUAGACGUUUCUCGCUGCUGCAGCGCUUACAACGACUACAUGGUCGUUUGCAGUUGAAAACGGAACCAAUGGAUGAUAAUAAUCAGAUAGAAGACGUUCAACUGUACUCCAACCCAAAAUUUGAAGACCGCUUAGUAACAUUUUGCCAGGUUCUAAGCAGUCGGUCUUUUGGCAAUUCGGAGGGAUUUACUACAGAUCCCGGUGAAGACAGCUCAACUAUUCUGCAUUUAUCUGCGGCAUUAGGCUAUACAAAACUUACAACGGCACUUUUGCGAUGGAGACAAGAUGAUAAUAGCUUAGCUUUAGAAAAGGAAGUAAAUUUGGGCGCAAGGGAUUGUGAUAAUUGUACUCCAUUGAUGGUAGCAAGUGCCGCGGGCCACGUGGAGACGGCUGUGGUGCUGGCUCGUUGGAGCGCCGGCAUACGUCGCGAGGCGGGCGCACGCGCUGCAUCUGCCGCGGCGCGCCGCGCUGGGCACACGCGUCUCGCUGCGAUAUUAGACCGCAUACAUCCUCCAACCGGAGACGCAGUGUUCCGGAGACCUCAUAGCUUAUCCCAAAAAAGUCGAGCUGGAAGUUUGGAGAGUAACCUGGUUAAGCGGCCAUCAAUCGAUAGCGGCAUCAACAUGGCCGAUGCAUUCAGAGCCAGUUCUGCUAUAGACAGGAAUGACAGCAGUUCUUCUGCUAGAUGGGAAAGAAGCAUGUCAUUACCUUUAGACUCUGAUAAUUCUGAAGAUAGUCUAGGUGAUUCUAAAAUUGGACGACGGAUGGAUCUCGCCCUCUGGGAGCAGGAUGACAGAGUGUUCACAUUGGCAGAACAGAUCAUUGCCGCUAUGCCGGAACGAAUAAAGAACGAGUCUUCUUCCCUGUUAAACGGCUGCGAUCUAGACAGCGGCGCAGGGGGCAGUGAAGACACACUGAUGGUGCCACUCCUUGAUGAUACCACCACGUUUAGUACCGAGUUCAGCUUUGAGUUCUGUGACAAUACUUACAGAUACUGCGGCGGUUCAACCCCAUGUUCGUCAGGGUCAGUAUCGCCAGGAUCAGCGUUGUCGCCUCCACCUGCAUCACCGCGCAACUCACUGCCCACGACAUCGGCGACUCUACAGGAAUUUUUGAACACUACUACACAUUUUUCAAGCUUAACUCUUAAUGAUCGUGAGCAGCGUGAAUUAUAUUCCGCUGCUAUAACUAUCCAAAAAGCUUACCGGCAAUAUCGCGGACGACAGCUUCAGCGACGCGCCGCUGCUGCGGCCAUCACAAUACAGAAUUGCUAUCGGCGGUACAAGCAGUUCGCGUAUUUGAAGCAAAUGCACGCGGCGGCGACAGUUAUUCAGCGCGGAUACCGCUCACACCGGGAGCGACGCCUUGUUGCCAAUCCCGUCAAGCGAACAUAUUCCCAAAGACGACAAAAUCAGGCAGCGAGAAAAAUUCAACAAUUCAUGAGGCAGUCCAAGAUCAAGUUGCAGAGCGAGCGAGCCGCAAACGCGAAGGUGGCCCGGCUAUCCCAGGAUGUCCACCAAAACUUGUCGCAGCCCACCAUCAGUACAGCACCCACGCCUAAUAGGAUCAUUGACUACUUAGCACCUGAAUCACCGAUGGACGCAGAUGAUGACCUUCUGAUCGAGCUUCUGUUUAAAAUGUGACCUGACCCAGAGCUGCAGUUUAUUCUUACUAAAAUGCUUUCAAAUACCUUGUUUUGGGUAAAAUUAUUUCUCGAAUGUUUGAAAAAUGAAAAGAUAGCAUGCAUCAAAAUUUUUCAAAUAUAAAAUUUUUAAAUAGAUUAUUUAUAAGUACAACAACUGCCGGAGUCAGGAGCGAAUUUCAUUUUACGGGCUUUACGUCAAUUUUGCAAUUCAAAUCCUAAACCUACUUCUGUUAUAAGAAUGAAGAACCAUCGGUUUUAUGAUAAAUCUUUAAAAGACACACUACUGCCUUCAUUUAGUCAUUUUAAAUCAUCACCAUGUUAUAUAAACUACUUAUUUUCCUCUAACAGGUUUUAAAGAAGUUGUGACGUAACUCAGGCCUUGAAAUUAAAAAUUCCAAUAUUUUUGUCAGUAUCUUCAUCGUAUUCUCCGUAGGGUCUUUUAACCAUUAUACUAAUUUUAUUUUUAAGUAACAUGUAUUCUGUCCUUGCAUGAUUGAUUUUAAUGUCUUAUUUUUAUUCGGUUUUAACAAAAUCUUGUUCAUAUAUUUGGCCUUGAUUUCAUAUUUGCGUUUAACUCUUCAGGUCAUAGACAGGGUUAUAUUUAGUAUAAAUUUUAUCGUAUUUGUAUUAUAUUUUCAUAACGUAUUUUUGAGAAAUUUGUUUAGGGCGUUUAUUGGAAUCAUAUUUUUGAAAACUCUAAAUUGAAUGUAAUGUAAUUUUCUUAGAUCAUCUGUAAUAUUGGCAGCAUUUAACUAAAACUGGAAUUCAUUGACGACACUACUUUAAUCAAAAUUUUGUGCAUUUACGAUAAAAUUGGACAAAUCAGUUGUUUCUUCUGUUCACCCGCUUUCAGUGCAAGGUUUUGAGAAAGUCAAAUCUUGGAUUUAUUAGCUCUAUUCAUGAUUUUCACGGUGGAGUUAAAAGUAAGUAGGUUAAGUACAAAUUCAAAUUAUUAAAAAGCCACUGUUCUUAUAAAGUAGAUGCACCUAGCGUAUAAUACAAUAAACCCGACGAGCUGUGAGUAUUUUGAGAUUUUAUCGUAUUUAAGAAAAAAUACUUAGUUUUACUAUUGGUCUAAAAUUUACCAUAUAGGUUUCAUUCCAGCCUAAAUAGGUUAAUUCUCUUUCAGUAUAUGCAAUGAAACAGACAAACAUAAAUGUAUUUCAACAUUCCUGUAGACUUACAUCAUAUUCUUAUGAAAAUUUUCGGACUAUUACUCUUUAUAAUUAUUUCAUUGUUGACUUCUUUUAAAUAUUACGAUAUAGUUUAUUAAACAUUUUCGAUUUCCCCACCCCUAGUUCCUAUUUCAAUAACUAUUAUAAUUAAUGAAUUAUCGAUACAACAAUUUACUAAUUAGUUCAUUAGAUAGAUAACUUUUGUUUUAGAUCCUCGAUAAUGCUAAAUGCCAUAAUAAUCUAGCGUUCAUGAAAAAAAUAAGGUUGUGCACCACUUAAUAUAGAAAUAACUACCUAAAUAUUCCCUUUUUCUGAAUUCUCUGAUAUUUUAACGUAGAAAUAUAGAUGAUAGUAUAAGAUAUUAGAAGUAACCAUAGCUUAACAAUAAGACGACGUGCUGCCGUCGAGAUAUUUUCGAUUCGUAUUUUUAUAAAGCAAAAGUUACGAAUGACUAUGAUUGCUUUGCUUGUGCAGGGCCGUGGAACAGAUUCCUUACUUACUUUACACACCACGUUUAUUGUUUCCACAUCUUUAUCGAUUUCAAUUUCAACUAAAGGCUUAUGUUUAACUUUAUUUUCAAUCUGAAGAUUUAUAUUAUUUACAACGUUCGUUUCUUCAUCUUUAAGUCUUGCAUCCCUUAUCAGUAAUUUACUUUCAAUGAGACUAGAAAGGCCCGGAGUUGUCAUAUGGAAAUGGAUGUUUGUAUAUUACUAACAGUAUUCAAUGAUUUUUACACACAGUGAUCGUGAUGUAGGAAUUUUAACAUCAAUUAUGUUACAAUUGUAACAUUUUAUUGUUAAUAGUUUUAUGAACUGUAUCGUAUUGUUAAUAAUAUAUGAAAAAAUGUCAGAUGAAUAUAAUGAAUGUAACGCGACGCAGUUCGAGAAUAACCGUCCAGUUGUGGCGGCUUUUGCACCCUCUGGUGGCGAAAAGGCAAAAGUCGCAUUACAAGCGAAAUACAACAUAACGACUUUGACUAUAGUGACGCGAUUCGCUUGCAAGGCACGGGGCACCCGAGGGCGCACGAAUGCAACAUGUACAUUUUAUAUUUUUGGAUUGCUAACUUUAAGAUGUUAUAUUUAUAUAUGUAUAUGUAGUGAUGGCGGGUACGAAACCAGUAUUUCGAAAUGUAUUGCGCCAAAAGUUUUGAUGUAUUAAUUUUCCAAUAAAAUUCUCUCGUUUUUCGUUUAUCGAAUGAAUAGUUCGUUUAGCUAGUGGUCAUGUAUGUAUAUAUUUUUGGAUAAAGUGCACGAUUGCUUUCGGAACGCCGACGAUAUAAAUAUAAGGGGGCGGACGUAAAGUAUAUAACGGUAAAGAGUAUUUUUAAUGGUAACGCAGAACCUCUGAAAGCAAUAAUAUUUUUGUGGUAAAAAAAUUACUCCGAUUUAUAGAAAAAGAGUAUUUUAUUAUCCACGCAAUCGUCACAACAGUUGAAAUAUAGGAAGCUUUUUAGAGCUACCGUAAAAUGUGCUCCGAUUUUAAUAAAAAAUUGAAAAUCAUAAAAACAAUACAGCCAUGAGUGACUUAUUAGUUGCAUCAUAUGCUUAGUUAAACUCGUUUACUCCGGGAGAUAUUUAGGGCGAAUUCGGUUUAGAAGAAGCGAUACAUAUAGCUGAAUAUACAUAGAUAGAAUUUAUUUUCUUAGUGCAAUAAAUACUAAUUUUAGAACGAUUUACAGGCGUUUAUUUUAAA